CUUCACUAAUUCCACACUCUCCCACUUGUCGACGCUGCUGCCUCUUCCUCCCUCCCUCGCUGGCUCCUCCCAUUCACCCGCCUUUCCUCCUUGCCUAACUAAUCCCGUGACUCGCCCACCCGUCCUCGCUACCCACCUCACGCUGCCCCAACAGUUCCCUUUCAUCUCCCGCCCUGCGCACACCCGCACUUUAACUAUAACCAAAAACUUUAAUAAUCAUAUCUAUCUCUAUUCAGCCAUCAUAUAAGCGAACUGUUAAUUUUUGGUGGUUUCUGGCAUUUUGAAUUCUGCCAGUCGUUUAGAAGAGCUGUUAGUUGCACCCCUCGAGAUCCCUGACGUCGUUAGUGACACUUCGGACGCGCUUGUUUGAGUGUGUGUUGCGGUGCGUCGAGGUGCUACUUGUGCCUCUGCCUUGCUCUGGUGACGCGGCUUAAGAGUGUCAAAGGAUCAGUUGGCCAUGGAGAAAAUACUGGUCCUGUGGUUUGCUCUUCUGGCAUGGGCGGGUGUGGCCAGCGGACUGAAGGUGCACUUGAAGGACAUCCUCAAGGUGAACGAAUACGACAGAGACCACCGACCGAACUAUCUGGGCGGACCGACAAAGGUUAACGUGUCCCUCACCAUCCAUUCCCUCAUCGUCGACGAGUCCCGUCAGCUAUUGGAGCUUUCCGGCGACUUGAUACAGGAGUGGAGGGACGACGACAUUGCGUUCGGCGGCGGCAGUUAUCGAAUCAGCAGCGUCCAGGUACCAGCCACGGCGAAUUCAAUCAUCAAGGAGGGUCUGUGGCUGCCUGACCUGCACGUGUCCAGGCAGGUCUUCCCCACCAAGAGCGGCGCGGACUUCCUCAGGAUUAGCUCUACGGGACAAGUCUCCUGGACCCAAAAGGUGCACUUCUCCUUCCCCUGCAAACUGAACCUCAAGUCCUACCCGCUGCGCUCCCACCCCUGCCCCCUGCGCCUCGAGAGCGUGGGUUACCUGUCUGACGAGAUGGAGCCGGAGUGGAACGGGGAUCCAGCGGUGGACUACAGCAAUGUUGUGGUGUCUCACGGCUACUCCAUCGGCAAAGCGGAACCCACUAGCAAGAUCUCUCUCGCCCCAGGCCACAAGACGAAGAGGCAACUGCAGCUGAUGAUCGAGGUGGCGCCCCGCAGCGGGUGGGCCGUGAAGCACACCGUCAUCCCCAUGGUGGCUACCGUCACCACCGCCUACCUCGCCUUCUUCAUCAACAUCAGAGGAGUGUGUGCCCGCGUCAUCAUCUGCAUGCUGUCCCUCGUCACGGCUGCAAUCUUCCACGAGAGUACCUACCGCAAAGUCCCUCCCGCCCACGACACAAUGGCUAUCGAGGUGUUCACGGGGACCUGCCUGGCCUUCAUCUUCGUGGCGGCGGUGGAGAGCGUGGUGGUGGACGUGCUGGGUCACUUCCCCACCAAGGGCAGGCAGUCGCUCUCCCCGAAACGCAACUCCUUCGCUCUUGAGCCUCUCUUCUCCCAGCCUGACCUCACCGACGACCACGCCAGCAGCAGGGGGCAGGUGGCCGCCAUAUGGCUGGACCGCUGCUUCCGCGUCCUCUACCCCGCUGGCUUUCUCGCCUUCAACGCCGUCUACUGGGUCGUGUACAACUGAGCUACCUCUCCCUCCCUUGCCGCCCGCCACCCUCCGCGCCUCUUCAGUGCAUGGAUAAACACGCCGGUAAAAGUCGUGGGCCGCUGCGCCACAAAGAAAGUUCAGGGUAUAAAAAUCUCGACAUAAUUCCUCAUGUGAUUCCUCCGCGGCACAAAACAACUCGAACAUUAAUGGUUUUUAUUAGUAAGUGACGGAUUUCGGCUCAUUGCGGGAUUAAUUUGUAGUCUAAAAAGAUGUAUACUUUUUCUUUUUAUGCGGCUAAUUUCAAGGAUUAGAAAUUACAUUUACAUACUGCAACAAUAAGAAUGAUAUCACAGAUGCAAGCAGUAUUGCGCCACGUGCCUGGAUCCUUAAUUUAUCAUACACGAGUCUUCCUCUUAAAAACAAUUUAAUUUUUUUUUUAUUUCAAUAACAUGAGGCGACUUUCAUUACGGAGCUCCGGGAGUUGGGAGCGUUCAUCUCGCACACUCUAGGUUCAAAAUUAAUAUUUACUGACGUAUGUUACUUGUGUCUUUGGUCUCACUCGUAUUGACACAGCGCAGCAUCGGAGGCGAGACAAACACUGCCGCGCAUCACUCUUCUUCCUUACACGCGACGUUACGCACGACCAUCGGCACUAAGCAUGCUGGCGACCAUCAGCACGAGCGAUAAUCUGCGUAUUGAUCACGCUACUUGAGGACGUGACUCAGCCGAGAUGAGAGCAUUUCUUAGCGCCAGACAAAGACCUCACGAAGGGCAUGCCGAGCCUCCGCCAGCGAGAGUGGCAGGAGAGUUGCUCGUUCGCAGGAGGGAGCAGUGGCCACACUUUCUUGGGAUGAUGAAGAGAAAGUGCAUGCACAUCCCAGCGUCUCAGUAGCCCUGCUAGUAGGGGGCACAAAUAACUCAGCAUUUUCUGCAAUUAUGAACAUGAACCAAAAGACACGUUAAUAACACAAAGAAAAACCUGCCAAAUAUUUUCACUUUAUUUAUGAGGCAAACUCAUAUUCGGUAAAAGAAAUACUUUAUAGAACUCUAGUGUAAGCUGUUUAGUUUCCAUAAGAUUAUGUAAAUGGCACUCAGAGGGAAAACCUGCCUGCCGCUCCAAGCCGCAGCGCGAGGCUGUUUUCUUUACGUCAAGUGAAUCCGCGACAUUAAAACACCCUCUUCACUCUGAGUGCCGAGCGUCCCGCGGCGUGUGUGCGGAAGGUGAGGAGUACUUGGUUCUGAUGACGACCACGCACCGCUCCUUUAAUCAACUACACGAGUCAUCGCCAAGCAAGUAUUCCUGGAAGGACACUUGACGCAGACAGCCGGAGCGGGCCCAGCUGGCGGCACACAUGGGGUGCAGGGCGCCGUGGACUAUCUGGGUACACGCGAGGCGCCCUCCUUCAAAAUAACUGCUUCAUUCAUCAUAAAGGUUUCGUACCCUGGUCAAGAACAUCAUCAUUACAGGUUACACAAAAAAUUAUACAUGUGCGACUUGGUUACUAGCAGAGCACCAUACAGCACACCAGCCUCCCUCAUGCGGUGUGUGUGCUAGACGCCCCACGCGCCAGCUCCGGCAAGCUCUUAUUAAAAUGUUACUUGAUUUAUUGUACUCAAUUAUUAAUUUCUCUCUCUCUCUCUCUCUCUCUCUCUCUCUCUCUCUCUCUCUCUCUCUCUCUCUCUCUCUCUCUCUCUCUCUCUCUCUCUCUCUCUCUCUCUCUCUCUCUCUCUCUCUCUCUCUCUCUCUCUCUCUCUCUCUCUCUCUCUCUCUCUCUCUCUCUCUCUCUCUCUCUCUCUCUCUCUCUCUCUCUCUCUCUCUCUCUCUCUCUCUCUCUCUCUCUCUCUCUCUCUCUCUUAGAAACAGAUAUAAGAGUGAAAAAUGGACUCUAGUGACAAAAAUGGACUCUACGUGACGUCUUACAUACAGGCAGCCCGCUCGUGCUGGGAGAGACUGCUGAAGCGCCGGUUUGCGGUGGUGUAGUGCGGUGGUGGUGGUUUAGUGACGUGAUGGCCUGGCAGUGAAGUAAGCAGUACCUUUUUCCAACCUUCACUCAUUUCUCCGCUUUCCGUCUAUUCCAGGCUGCAUAUAAAAACUUUACGUCUCAUCUCUCCAUCUAGUUUUCAUCUCGUUCAUUAUUUUCCUCCUCCGUCCUUGUAUUGCGUAUAACAUUCCUAUUGACCCUUUUACUGCCAUAGCCUUUCUUUUUCAACACUCAUAGCACUGUAAACAUUCAUUAUACGGACGCAGAAAAAACAAAAACAAAAAUAUAGAUAGAAUAGGAGAUCAAUUCUGUGCUUCCUAGGCUUGAAAAAAAAAAAAAAAAUCAGGAAAUUGUUGAGCAAAAUGCUGUGGGUGAUGAUUAGAGAAAUUCUUCAUCCAUGGAAAACUUUAUGCCACACCGGAGGGGACACGAUGGCACAACGUUCUCUGUUGUUACUCGAGAUGACGAGUGUUGCCUGUUUGUGUGUGUCGCCCGCAGCACUGUACAGCUUUGUGCAACCUGCCAUGGAAACUUGCUUAUUCACCCACUCACUCACUACAGAGAGAGAGAGAGAGAGAGAGAGAGAGAGAGAGAGAGAGAGAGAGAGAGAGAGAGAGAGAGAGCCCUAACCUGCCGAUAACGAUCAUAAUAAUUGCUCUUCAUGUUUGUUUUCUCCUCGUCAUGCUAUGAACUCUGCCGGACCGUUUGGUGCAUCCCGGCCCGGACACCACUGGCUUGGGGCCGGAGGGGAUGAGGCAAAAAAGCAAGUGGGUUAUUUAACGGUGGGGAAAGUCUGGUGUGGAAGCCGAGUGUGGGAAAGCCUGACCCAUAUCCAAACCCCGAUGGUCAUUUCAAUGUUUUAUCUACCUACUUUCUUUUUUCCUCUAUUUUACUUGCAUGAACACCACCCACGCAGCUGUCAGCAUUCACGUCCCUUGUUUAAUUAAAGUGUCAGCGACUUCAUUGCAUAAAACAUAAUUCCUAGUAUCGCACAAAGCUGGAAAAUUAAGUUAUAUAAAAAGAUUGCUGUUUUCAUUCCAUAUUUUUUUUCUUUACCUUUUUCGUGCAAAUUUCACAGUUAAUUACAUCCCAACACAAAGAGCCUGCGGCCUUAUAGAAUACAUUGCUACUUGAAUAUCUACCUGAAAAAGAAAAAAAAGAUGGAAUUCAUGGAUCGGGAUGAUACGUGGGUAUACCUAAGUACAGAUUAUCAUACAGGAACUGCCACCUGUAUACCUGAUAAUUUCUACCCCAUUGUUCUAAAAUAUAUAAAUCACCGCUUUUCCACACCAAGCAUCACAAUGAGGUGCGCCGGGCUGCCACCAGAGGCCAGGCAGUUCAGCUGACACUCCCAGCUGUAAGCACGAGAGGCAUCCUGUGUUAUAAGAUCAACUCGAAGCUAAAUGGUCUAAUGAAUCAAAUUUCCUUUCUGGUAACUUUCUGGGAGGGUUUUCUAACACAGGACGCCUCAGCACCACUGAAAGCCACGAAAAGUAACUCUAUUUUAAAACUUGACUUAGAGGUUAGAUGAUUAAGUAUUUCACGACGUUCACACUUCAGAAUGACUUAUUUCUACUGUACAGAAGCAAGACAAUACAAAUGUUAAACAAAUAUCAUAAUAAAUAAGUUUAAGACAAA